AUGAAGGCCUUGCUCUGGGAGAAGGAAUCGGAGUGCCGACGAGAGGAGUGCGAGCACCUACGUCAGCAGAAUGUAGCCUGCCUCAGCAUGCUCAGCGUCUUACGCGAGCCCACCCGUGCAAGUGCGUCUAUCUCAGCCACACCGACUUCCGCGGUGCCGUCAACCGUAGUCGCCGCUGGACCGUUUGAGGUUCCUCCCGAGCGCGCUUCUGGGAUCCGGUUUUGGGAGAAGGACGACUGGACGUAUUCAGUGCAGCAGAACAAGGUCACUCAGCGGGAGACCAACAAGGUAUGGACCUACCUCGAAAACGACUACGGAGACACCAUCGCGGCGUCGCGUUUCAAUGCCAUGAAGAAGCAUCAGUACGCCGUGUUCCAUCAGCUCAACGCGGAUGAGAUGACACCAUCGAAGUGGGGUUCAGCCUGUGAGAAGGCGAAGAUGUAUCACCGCAUAGCUAUGUGCAAAGGCUUCCCCGAGCUCGCGCAAGGGAGUGCUUUCUGGAAGGUUCACCAGCUUGCGACGGAGUACUACUCUAACUUCGCGUCACAGUACGUCGAGCACUCCGGGGAUGAGACUGCUACGUCUGGCACCAAACGUCAACACCAGGGCGGUCUCUCGUCUACCUCAUCAAAACGGGUCAAGCACACGACAACGGCAACACUUGCGGAUGCUCCAUUCACGUUUGAAACAACUGAUCCGGCGACCACCACUGUCAGUGCGGCCACCACUGUCAGUGCGGCCAUCGACAACGCGGCCCUGUCUCCGCCUGUGCCAGCUACACCGUCUCCUGCCGGCAUCUCCAGUCUGGGCAAUGCGCCGUCUGUGACUACACCUGGCACGUCGUCUCAUGACGACUACGACAUGGCUACUGGUACAACUGCUUUACUUCGGGACUCUGUACAUGCACUGGCCCCAUCUAGCGCUAUCGGUACUACGCUCAGUUCAAGCACACCCUUUAACCGCCCUCCAUCGCCGGACCAGUGCCCCAACAACUCACGUGUGUCUGCAACCCCUGGCGACAAGAUACCCAGCCUGGAGCCGGGGCCUGCCUCCAAUACGUCUUCAGAUCUGCAGACCAGGAUCGCUGCGUCUGCUGAUACAGCGGCGACCAUCUCUGGCGACAUGCCCGCACCGACCGCUGCAUCUGCUGAAACUACGGCAGCGAGUGCACCCGUGCCGGCCAUAUCCGGCAACACGCCCGCGCUGCACCCUGGCACUAAGCGCGUCAAUAUCCUAGCGCAGGUGAAGAUACGCCCUCCUUCUACGGUGGAUGUGAACGCCGACGCUGUGCCGCGCACCGCCAAGCCAGUCACCUCGAAGGCAGCCGCGGGCUCGAAGGCGGACACUACUCCGAAGGCAGGCGUAACGGCAACUAUUGCAAAGGCCAGCCAGAAGAAACCGGCGCGCACUGUCAAGACUCUACAGGCGCAUCCGACAAGCGUAACACUGAGGAACCUCUGCCUGAUCGAUUUCCUCAAGGAAAAUCCAAGCGCAUCCAAGGACGAGUUCGAUACCCAUCUAUCCGGUCUAGACGGUGCCGCUCGAAAGCUUCUAGAAGACCGCAGCAAGCAAGCCACCAAGGCACGCAGACUGUCCAGCCGAGCGGGCAUGGGUGGCGACGACGACGAGUAGUGGAUGGAUUGAGGUGGGGUAGGAGGAUCUGGGGCAAGGACACGAGUGCGAGGGAGCCGGAUGGCGAGCGGUGGGCGGGAUGCGGCACGAUUCAUUCGUGUCGUGUCCGGUAACAGCCUGCCCGACGGCAGGAUGGUGUUCGCGGGGUUGGCGACGAUGGACCACGAUACCGCACGAUACCGCAGCAUUGUACAGUAUCAAUAGCAUUUAUGAGUCUCAC